AUGCAUGAAAGGUUAGGUUACUUCCCAAUAACUGAAUAUCCAGAGCCGACUAUCAUCCGCGAGACUGAAGGGAUCCCUUUGGCGAAUCCGGACGAACUGAAAAUACUCUCCGAUGUUCGCGACAAGGUCUUGACCGGACUUCACGCUUACUACUGCGCUAGCGGAGAAGAGAAUCCGGAAGAACGACUAAGUGAUCUACUUAUGCUUAGCGGAGGCGUUGCGAUUUGCGCAGCACAGGAACUAGAAGGUCUGCAUCUGCUGCGGUUUUUCGAUUUGGCCAGGUUCGACGACGAGUGCUCGAAAUUGUUGUUCGGUGACUAA